AUGUCGCUAUCAGAUUCCGAAGACUCUGUUGUACUGGUCAGUCCAGGCGAUAUUCGGGAUUUCAACGAAGAAAACAUCCUUCCCCUCUCCGCAGACGAGCUCAAAAACAUCAGAGAUUGGCUCCAGCCCACACCUUAUGAUCUAGAUCGAUCCGACUUUUCAAGACAUCUUGCCUCCUACCUCCAGGGCACUGGUCAGUGGCUCAUAUCCACAAAUACAUACAUACAGUGGCACCACGGCGAUGAGAAUGGCCUUCUUUGGAUCAAAGGUGUACCAGGUUCGGGAAAGUCGGUCAUGGCCGCUUCGAUAAUCCAUCAAUUGGGCAAAGAAGAGGUCCCCGUUCUAUACUUCUUCUUCCGACAGAUUAUUGAUGCAAACCAUCGGCCCGUGGCAGCGUUGCGGGACUGGCUAUGUCAAUUACUUCCAUUCAGCCCACCUUUGCAGGUCAGACUGAGAGAUGUAUACCUACGAAAAAAGCGUCCUAUUGAUAGCUUGGCUCUGAGUGACCUCUGGAAAGACCUCAAAUUUGCCCUUUCUCACCUCCCUAGGGCCUACUGUGUCACAGACGCCUUGGACGAGAUGGAUCAAGGCAAUGAUGACUUUCUUCACUCCUUGGUCGAGCUAGGCCAAUGGCGCCCUGCGAAUGUCAAGAUUCUCAUCACCUCACGCCCAGUCGUCGCAGUUGAGUCUGCCCUCAGGUCCUUUCAUAUACCUCAUAUUCAAUUGGAUGAACGAUUCGUGGACAUAGACAUUGCUGCUUAUGUCGAGCACAGAUUACGAAAUUCUUCUGUUCCCCACGAAUAUUGGAGUCUAGUUACUGAGGCUGUCCCCGGUCGAGCAAAUGGGCUCUUUCUAUAUGCAAGGCUCUCGAUGGAUGCCUUCGUCAAACCUGGCGCUGAUCCUCAGGUAGUACUCGAAACAUUGCCUGCAGAUCUGAAUGUAAUGUAUAACGAUCUAUUGCGAGAACAUGCGAAGCGAUCGAAUGUUCCAGAUGAAUUCCAACUUCUCAUCCUACAGUUUGUAACGCAUGCAACUAGACCUCUUCGCCUCUUGGAAGUCGCUGAGAUGGCUAAGGCUACCCAUAUCCCAAUUGCAUUUGGAGCGUGCGGUUUGAAAGAAAUCAAGGACCUGGUUCGAGCUGCUUGUGGUCCACUACUCCAAAUUCUUCAUGACGAGACUGUCUCUGUCGUUCAUCACUCAUUCACCGAGUUUCUCAAGGGGUUCACCCGCACAAAGCCUUUGAAUCCUCUGGGCUACGCCAUUCUUGAGGCCGGUUCAACUAACCAGCGUCUUGCCAUGGCAUGCAUGGAUUAUCUUACAUCUGGCUGCCUAGAGAAUUUGGAGAUCAAGAAGCGCAGUCAGGCUGAAGAAUUUUUUCGACCCAAAAAGGCUCAGCAGAGUAGAAUUAGGCUUCAGUUUCCAUUCCUCGAAUAUGCAGCAGCUAACUGGUACAUCCACGCCCGCCGCGCGGCCCUCGCCGGUGCAGACAUGUCAUCAUUUUAUAUGACACUGAAUGACUUCGUUGCGAACGACCAAAGAUUUGUUGCCUGGCUGGAUAUCGACUGGCCAGAAAUCAUGAUUCAAGGUCUCACUCCGCUCCACGCGGCAGCUCGCACUGGAUUGUCUCAAUACGCCACGCAUUUGCUUCAACAAGCAGAUGCUGACCCAAACGCCAAGAGCAGUCAUGGUGACACUCCUCUCUAUUGGGCCGCUCUAAGUGGGUAUGCGGACGUUGUGCAGGUUCUUAUUGAUAAUGGGGCAGACCCGGAUGGAGAGGCAAACCAAGGAUACAAACCACUUCAUCAGGCUGUCAUCUACAAUCACGCUGACGUGGUCAAGGUUUUGCUUGCAAACGGUGUUGACGUACUCACGCCAAAGACGAGAGAUUCCCCAGAGAGAAUGUGUGGCAAUGCUGAAACAUCGAUCGGUCAUACCCCGUGGAUGUACGCCUGCAUGAAUGGACAGGCUGAGGCGUUGACUGAACUCCUGUGUUACAUCAAGGAUCCUGAUAACCUAACGCAAGGCCUUUUUUUGUCGGCAGGAUCAGGGCACGCGGCCUGUGUGGAUCUGAUUCUUCAACAUCCAGGCACGGAAGUUAACUCCAAACACUCUGGACUGACUCCGCUUUUCAAAGCUUGCUGCAUAGGCGAUAUGAGCACAAUAAAGUUACUUCUCAAAGCGGGGGCUGAUCCCAAUAUCCUUUGCGAUUACCCUUCGGUUGAGUUUCGUGGCAGGCGCUCUCGUGAAGGUAGGCUAUGUCGAGAACCGGAGCAAAAUGUUGAACCAAGGGGAUACACUGCUCUUCACGCUCUAUGCGGAAUUACCAAGCGAAUGUCAAAUCGUCACCCAGCAGCAACAGGAGAUUGUGUGUCACUCCUUCUGGAAGCCGGUGCGGAUCUUCAUGUGAAGUGCCCGAAAGGUGAGACUGCGUUGCAUCUUGCCUGUUUAAACAACAUAGAAGUCGUGAAGCUGUUAUUGCACGCAGGUGCAGACCCGACAGCAGAAACCGAUAGCGGGAACACGAUUAUACACACUGAUGGUUCCACGGACAAAGAACUUCUACCCAUCUUAUUGGAAUCAGGGCUUGUCAAUAUCAACGAGCUGAUGACCAAAGGGAGGGAAAAUCCCCUGCACCUUCGGCUUGGCAGCGAUCAUCCCGAGCAUGCCCUUGAGCUCCUGAAGUACAAGCCAGAUGUGAACAUGUCGAAACCAGAUGGAAAUCGCGCGCUACAUGUGCUUCUUAAUCAUUGGAGGUUCGGAUCUGUAGAGGAUGUCAUGGAUGCUUUACUUUCAGCAGGCGCUAAUCCAAAUCUGCAAAAUGUGAAGGGUGAGACCCCACUCCAUGUGAUUAGGCACCUUCCCGAGUUUGAAAUUGUCUCCAAGCUUGUGAAAGCUGGUGCAAAUCUUGAAAUACGCGAUCUGCAAGGCCAGACGGCUCUUUUUAAGAGCGUCAAGUCCGACACCAAGCUUUACAACACAGCGGAUGACAAAGCUACGCUUUCCAAGACAUUCAUCCAACUUGGUGCCCGACUUGACACACGGGACAUUAAGGGCAGGACUUUACUGCACCAAGUCGUCGAAAGUAUUAGUUAUUUAGAUUAUCUGACAUGUCGUAUGGAUUUCCAUCCUUCUAUUGUUGAUAAUAAAGGUAAUACACUCUUUCACGAGGCCGCAUCGAAGAAACGCCACUCUGAGAAAUUGCCGACAUUCAUUCAUUUAACGCAUUUGGCGGUUGAUAUUGAUCAGCCUAAUAAUCGUGGCAAGACUGUGUUACACAAGAUCUGCGCGAGAAAGCCCAGCCUCUUGACCGGGAGAUUUUCUGAAAACCCUACUUUCGACUUUGUCAUCAACAAGUGCAAGAAUUUAAGCCCUCGCGAUGCUAAUGGAGUUCAGCCCCUCCAUGUUGCAGCCGCUAUCUCUGAAGAGUAUGUUUUCAAACUUCUCGAUGCUGGAGUGGAUCCUUGCGAAACCACAAAUCAGGGCAUGACGGUACUUCAUGUUGCAGCUCGGGCCCGGCAGCCAGGCAUCAUUGGCCUUGUUCUUUCAAAACUAAGUGGCCUGGAAGAUGCCGCAUUCGAAGGGUUUGUCAAUCAGAAAAGUGCAGAGGGAAAUACAGCACUACACUAUGCUUGUUGCGCCGGUCGUCCGGAAAGCGUCGAGUUGCUACUAGAUGCCGGCGCAGAUCCUAAUUUACCGGGCAAAGAUGGAUGCACGCCAUUUGGGGCAUGUGCGGAAUUUGAAUUUGAGCAAGCACGGUGGAAAAGAGUGGUUGAAGCGGAAGAUACUCAAAGCGGCAGUACCAAAGCUAGAAGAGCAGCCAGCAUCUUUAUCAGUGAUCACGAUCUGCCAGCAGAUGCUAAGUCUGUUGAAGAGUCUAAAUGGCGUCAAGGUACCCUGAAGUCUGAGUUAGACUCCACCCGUCUAGAUGAAAUCCUACUUACUUUGGUUCUUCACGGGGCAAAAAUCACCGGAAAUGGGAGCUCUCUUCGCGGUGCAUUCCACAACGCUGUGUUGAACCAACGUGACUAUACUGCUGAGUGUCUGCUUAGAUUAAAGUCGAUGCUUCUUCCUGAUCUCAAUCUUUUGGAAGGGUCAAUUGGUGAAGGCUUCAUUGCCUCCAAAUCUCGUCUGGAAGCUGAAAGGUCAUCUUUGAGGCAGGAAGGUUGCAAAGGCGACAUUGGGGGGAUGACGGAUGAAUCGAAGCAAAACUUACGAGCUUCCUACUCAGCUAAGCUGCUGGGCCUCCGUCAGUAUGACAUGUUGGAACAAAGAGUGUCGCAGGUAGAUGUGAUUGAACUUUAUCAAUCCACUACUCCUAUCAACAUUUCUCUCCUGCACAGCCUUGCGCGCUUUGGUCUUACGAAUGUUCUAAAGUGUGUCUGUACCCGUGAGGCAGCUUUGAAAUUCGAUGAUCAUAACUGGUGUAAAAAAGGGGAGAUUGCUAAUAACAUGCACAUGAACUCUAUAGAGCCGCUUCUGAUGGUUGCGUGCGAUCGUCAAAUUCCGAACAUGGGAGUUGUCCGGUUUCUAAUUGAAGAAAUGGGCGUCAAUAUAAAUGCAACUUGCAGGAACACCGAUUUCUUCAUAAGUCAGAAGCAGCGCCAAAACGUCAUAGUAUCAGAUAACAGCGCUCUACAUGAUAUUGCCAUGGGCAAGACGUGGUGGAAUGUACACGAGGCACUGCCUUACCUUAUUCGCAAGGGGGCUGAUCUGGAGUUGCGAAACAUGAGAGGAGAUACCCCAUUGCAUGUUGCUGUCGAGGAAAAAAGACCGAUGGGCGUCUUUUACAAAGAGGCAGUGCAGAUUCUUCUGGAAUCUGGUGCUGAUGCCAAUGCCGUGAAUUACAGUGGGGAUUCAUGCUUGUCAAAAGCUGGUAGCGAUACUGGAUUGAUCAACUUGCUUCUCUCGUACGGUGCCAAGGUCUCCUCGGUGGCUAUAUUGUCCGCCAUCGAGCUCCAGGAGGUUGAAUUAUUGGAAUUUUUUCUUGCGCAGGGUGAAGUUGCUAAUCUAAGGCGACCCGCUCCUGAAAUCCCGAAAGAUAUUCCACGAAUGGAGAAAUCAUGGGUCACAGAUUGUGAGGUAUACCCGUUGUUUCAUGCAGCGUUUUACAAAGUUCCUUCGUCCCAGAUUUCCAACCACUUGACGGGAUGCGAUCCUACCCUUUCCCGCAGACGAAUGAUGACAGCGUUGCUCCGCCAUGGUGCAGACCCAUACGCCACUUUUAUCAGACAUCAGCGGGUCAACGAUGAACUUUUUGAUGAGGAGUUCGAAGACGCUGAAAGUGAAGACGAGCCAAAACCAGAGUGGAAACUUGAAACAUGCACUAUCAUACAUGAGAUCUUGCAUAAAGGACUAAUAGCCGAGCCACUAUUUGACUUUCCAGCCCUUCAGCUUGAGGCACGCGAUCCCAACGGCCAAACAUUGCUUCUCGCGGCUUCUCGUGGACCAAUAAAGCGUGUUGAAGACCUUCUAGCCCGAGGAGCAGACGUUACCGCCCAUGAUAACGAAGGCAAAACCGUGGUGCACAAUCUCAUGGGGCGUGAGCCCGAUGAGACAAAUGAAAAAUGCCUCAAGGAUAUCUUCCAUCGGAGCUCUAAGUUGGUCAAUACGCCUGACAAAUCUGGUGAUACUCCACUAUACCACGUGCUAAAAGCAGCGAAAAUCCACCUUCAACACAUCGAUCUGCUGCUCGAACACGGUGCCGAUCCACUCCGGCCAGACUCGGAAGGGAACACGGCCCUCCACUUCUUUGCCAAGGAUCCCUCCACCUACAAAUCACGCAUUGAACAAUUUCAAAGCCUUGGUGUCGAUAUUAACGCACGCAACCGAAAUGGCAAUUCUCCACUGUUCGAGUAUAUUGCACACGGUGCGCUGAGAGCUAGACAGAGUUUGACAUAUUACAAUGAUGAAGUGGACGAGCAUUCGGAAGAAAUUUGCCAUCUGCGAUAUCUGAAGGAAGCUGGGGCCGACGUCUUCGCAAUUAAUCAUCAUUCUGGGUCUUCGCUGCUUCACAUUUUGGCUGGUCGGACACUUGGUCAUCCCGUUCACGGCCUUUCUGCAGAUGAAAGAGUCCUGGCUAAGAAUAUUGUCAACUGCUUCAAGUUCCUUACGAAUAUGGGCUUGGAUCCUAUGCGUGAGGAUGCUCAGCAGCGGACUUGUUUGGAUGUUGCCGCUGCUUGUGGCAAUGAGCACAUUCUAAAGUUGUUUCAGGAGACGCCUGCUGAGUUGAAUGUUGGAUGGGCGUAG